ACAAUAUAUCAAAUCAAGUUGCUAAAGUUACUGGUAAUUACAACCACAAACAGCAAAAUGAUGAAAUUCCUGAUCGCUCUGUGCCUCGCUCUGGCUGUUGCUGAUGCCACCAACGUGCAAAGAUGCGUACACCACUCUGGAGACUUGCCGCAGAGCACUCGCAUUGAGGGCUGCACUAACCCGCCCUGCGUGCUGCAGCAGCUGCGUGAUGCCGUCAUACACAUGACCUUCAGAACUCCCCGUAACGUGCAAACUAUGCGUACUUUGGCGACUGCGUACCUGGGUGCGGUGCCGGUGCCCUACAACCUGGGCAACAACGCCAACACUUGCAACUUCCUCACCAACACCCGCUGCCCCGUCAGCUCCGGCACCAGCGUCAACUACACCCUCAGGAUGUACAUCGAAUCCUGGUUCCCUGUGGGCACUUCCGCAACAAUUGAGUUCAGGAUUGUAGACGAAAGGAACCAGCCCGUGGUGUGCGUGCGUGUACCCAUCCGCAUCAGCCGCUCUGGCAGGUUUAUUGAGGGCGAGAGCGAGCUGCCCCGCGGUAUUGAAGCCCUGUAGACUGCAAAUAUAUCUUAUGUGCCAGAUGCCAUCUAUCGACGACUCAAGAAACAACUUACAUUUGUGAUUUAUUCAUUGUUUAAUUUUUAAUUGCACUUAUCAAACCUUUCUCAUACAUUUAUUGAAUUUGAAUAUUUAAUAUGUGGUUCUAAAUAAAUUGUUCCUAAGAUUAAAACUGA